AUGGAAACAAACUGUAGCACAUCCUCCUCUCGUCUCAAACCAGGCGAAUUUACUCCUCCCAUAAUCAUUUCUCCUCUAUCCUCUCACAAAUUCACCAUCAUCAUUCUCCAUGGCCGUGGCUUCAACGCUGAGAAAUUCCACUCUCCUCUUCUGUCAUCCCCCUCUACCAGUCCAUCAACGCCAUUCCAAGAAUCACUCCCCCAUGCUCGAUUCAUCUUUCCAACGGCACCUCUCGCCCGAGCAACCAAGUACCGCCGCUCGCUGAUCCAUCAAUGGUACGAAGGCACCGGCGACUGGGAGCCCGAGGCGCGCGGAGAUAUGCGUCCCAGCGUUGAACAUAUUCACAACAUCCUAAAAAAUGAGAUUGAAAUGCUGGGUGGUGAUACUGGGAGGGUGGUACUCGUGGGGUUUAGUCAAGGCGGUGCAAUGGCUUUGGUGAGUUGGCUGCUUUGGCAGGGACAAAGUCUAGGCGCGGUGGUUAUUAUGAGCGGAUUCAUGCCUCUAGCUGAGACUCUGGCUAAAGAAGAGGAACAUUUAUCCGAUGAUGGAAUGUUUGAAAGAGAUGAUGAGCAGGAAAACAAAACACCACUGCAACGGGCUGUCGAUGAGCUUCGUGAAGAAGCAGAGCUUGACCCUGAACCGCCAGCGAACUCGUUUCCUUUCUUAAAGACCCCUGUAUUCAUGGGUCAUGGGAGAAAAGAUAAAGAUGUCGAGAUAUGCCAUGGUCAGGAGGCAGCUAUGUGUCUGGAGCGAAUGGGUAUAGAUGUUGAGUUGAAGAUAUACCCUGAUAUGGGACAUUGGUAUUGUGCUGAAGAGCUGGGAGAUAUAGCACAAUUUAUAUAUCAACGAUUAAAGAUGUAG